GCAAAAAAAGCGACCGGUCCGGAAAACAUACAAAAAGCAACUAAAACUUGGCGUGCGCAGUGCGCAGUGCGUUCUACAUAGAUUUAACCCUUAGUUGGAUUUCUGGUUUCACGUGCUUGGCUCCAUUAAAAAUUCUGAUUAGAGCGAGAUAUUUGUUUACAAAUAGGGCAAAAAUGGAAGCUCUGAACGACGAUAUUCUUAUACGCAUACUAGGCUAUUUGGAUCUGAAAUCGCAGCAAACUAUGAUAAGUGUGCAUCCCCGAUUUUACCACUUGAUGUAUUUUGUUUGGUGCUCCCAGUACAAGACGGUGAACUUGUCCUUGUUCGAGGCAAAUUUUUCGAUUAAGCAUUUCAAUUAUUUCUUUCAAUGCAUUCGCGAUACCGUAAAAGUGAUCCGUUUGAGAUUGAUGUCAUGGGAGCAGUUUGAAGUGCUCACUAGCAAGGUUUACCCAAAAGUGCAUGAUUUUCGCUUUGCAACAAUUCCGAGCAACCUGUUGACCGAUGCAGACAUACCAAAAAUUAUUAAGUCCUUUCCAAAUAUGACAACGUUUAGUCCGCAAGGGAAUUUUUCGGGAGUACAUUUUACCGAUAUUCCUCAAUUGGAACGUCUUACCCUGACAUAUUGCAGGAUGUUUUUAGUAGGAAACUUAAUAAACGUUAUGACGACUCACCAACUUAAGGAAAUCAAGCUUUGCAUGUCGGAUCAAAGAUUUUACCAAUCUAUUUUUUUAAAACUGCCCCUGGAGUGUGUAAAGCAUUUGGAAUCAAUUAAAAUUGAUCUCGACGAGUUACUCUGGUUUCAGGAACAUUUAAAAGAUAUCAAGAAUCUAAAAGAGUUAACCAUUUGUGGACCUAGACAAAAAAGAACACUUGAUGUACUCUUUUGCAAAUUGGGCUGCUUUACGGAAAAACGUCAUUUCAAAAUCUUGGAGACAUGCAACUCAACUAAUACAUUGGACACUGUUAUUAGCGCUAAUGUUCCUGUAGAUGCCCUUAAAAUCGUCACGGAUAAUUAUUUACUGGAAGACAUGCGGCUAUUUGCAAAUCAAUCUUAUGAUAAUAUUAAACAAUUAUAUUUUAAAAGCUGUUGUAUCCAAGAUAAACGCAGCCUUAACAGUUUAAUGCUUAACAUGGUCAAUGUAGACUUUGUCAGCUUUGAGCAGUGUCUAUUUACUUUUGAUAAUUAUAAGUUUAUGGUAUCACAAAUUAUCCAAAAACGCAACAAACCACUGCAAGUCAAUCUGCAUCAAAAUUCAUUUGAAGAGACGAGACUUCCCUGGGUGUGGAGCACAGAUGGUGAAAGUGACUUGUUUGAAAUCGUCGGCGGAAAUAAUUACGAAUAUACAUACGAACCCAUAUACAUGACUUUUAACAAAUAAUUUCUUUGAAUAUUGUGAUAAAACAGUAAACGUUGUUAAUAAAGUCAAAAUCAUACGGAAGUUUUAUUACACAUAUCA